GUUCAAAACAUCUUUGCGUGACAUACAUCUCUACCCACGAACGAGAGCAUCGUCGUAAGAAUUUGCAAAGAAAUUCUACCUGGUAGACUUCUAGGGAACUGUAACUUGCGAACUUAUAGAAUUUGGCGUUUUACUUUACUUACGGAUCAAAAAUCCGUCGGAAUAUGCACAUGCAGUGAGGACUCUAUUCAGUUCCACGUGGGAACCUGCACGUUGACGGAGUAUUAUCUUAUUUUUGUAAAGUUUACUCGUGAUUGUCUCAAGAAUUAACCUUCGAUCAAGCGAGAAUUGCGGUGAUUUUAUAAGUACUGCAUUCAAGAACUGGGGUAAACCUUAAUCUGGUAAGCUUUGUCUUUUUCGUGUAACAAACCCACGAUGUUUCCAACUCUGCACGAAAAUGGUUGACAAUCUCUUUCUAGUCUUUAUGAAUGAAUUUUUGUUGUUUGAUUGUUUGAGUCCUAGCGAAUAGGGCGAACCUACUAGCGGUGGAGAAAACAAUCAUUCCCAAAGGAAAAAUAACCAAAAGUGUCUUACAAUAGCAAGUAAUCGUCUGUGUAUACACAGAGUGUUAGAAAUUUUUAGAUAACUAGUAUUUUCUAGCUUUGUUUUCCCUCUUAUAUUGAACUACAGAAACAUAUCACUAACUUUAGGUGCUAAUGGAGGCUAAAUCCAUAUAAGAGAGCUAUUGUGCAUCAUCAAAACUAUUUUCAUUUACAAUACCAAAACAACCUUUCGAUCCUCUCAUGCGCUCGCGCAUUGUAUUAACGACAAAGUUGGCAGACAGUCUGCAAUUCAAAAAUCUUACAAUACGCCUUUUACCAAGAAACGUGCCAACAAAAUAAUCUUGGCUUCGAAAUUUAAGCUUAGUAAUUUCUGAGUAUAAUACAAUAUUGUCGCUUCACUGUUCAAUGCACCCAAAGUACCACAAACAAGAGAAAGCCUAAGUUCAACCUGAUCUUUGAUUGCAAUUGUUAAUAUUAGCAUACAGCAUGACGGAGGUCAUCUAUCAUGUGCAUGAUUUCAGGUGGAACAAAAGAUUCAAAGAAUAAUAAUGAUAAUGAAUAAAUAGCGCUAUGGUAAAGAGUACAAGAGUGUAAGAGAUUUCUACUCAUAAUACUGAAAACAAUUCGGUAAAUUUUGAAAUCUUGCGAUAGUAAUUUAGGCUCCUUUCAUUUGAUCGAUUUUCAAAGGAAAUAAUCCCUCAAGUAAUAUCGAAUGGGACAACAAAACAACAAGGCGAAGAAGGUCUAUUGUAAGUGAUACGGCAAUCGGAAGUAAUUUACUCAGUGUUUACUUUCAGCUGUAGUCAACUGUCUUUGGCUGACAAACUACCUUGAGUAAAGCAUAGGUAGCUCAAGCCCGCACAAUGAGCCUCCGUGAAUAUGCGAAUAUGUUUACAUUGCGCUGUGGGCGAAUUUUUAGGAUUGUAUGAGAUUUUUUUUUGUAAAAACAAGUUCAGAAUUUUAGGUUGGGAAAGCAUUGACGGAAACUUAACUCAUUUUACUUUCAUCACAGAUAUUCAAUGGCAGAAUUGUGUUCCCCAUACUGCAGCAGACCGUGUUUCCUGUCAGAAGAAGGUAUGAAAAAGGCUCGAGACAAAAACAGCAACAGCAUGGAAAGUAAAGGCGCAACUGCAUCUCUGUUGACGGUUGAGUUUUUCCAAAGUAUCCUUGGAAAAAGAGGAAAACUUGUUUCUUGGUAUCCAUUUGAGGUAAAGUGAUAAUGCACAUCGUCUGAGAAAGGUGGGAAUUACCAGGACGCGAGGUAAAAUGGUUGGGGAGAAAGUUGAAGUGUUUUUCUUUGUUUCUCCCCUUGCCACUCCUCAUUAUCUCUUUAAUGCACGCGCUUGAAGUGCUCGUUGAAUGAAGUGCACGGUAGUAAUGCGCAGUAAUGAGUAGGAACGUCUUUGGUACGGAGUAUUCCACAUGCUUAUGACUAACUAUGCGCGCCUCAACCUUUUAACAGAUUUGAAGUUUUCCUUUCAGAACUAUAUUGAUUGGGAAAAUAACUGCAAAGAAGCUCAUAGAUCUUUCAACGGAGCCAUCGAUAUAUAUUCCGCCGUAAACGAUUAUAGCAACUUAGUUAAAAUCUGUAUAAACACAUGUUUUAAUCGCUCACUCAGAUACCUCAGCAAAGCAUUGGUCUAACCACAACAUGUAAAGCCAUUCAAGAUGACGAUCGAAUGAUUGGGCAUCAAGGAUUUGAAAUCACUUACAGAACAAGCUCUGGUGAGCUUCAGCUUCCUUUUUCUUGCUUUGUUAAAUUUCAAAAAUACUUGACUUUCAUUUUUUUUCAGCUUAAGACGUAGGCUUAGAGAGAAAACAAAGUUGCGCUCAGCUUUUUCUGCGUUCAAACAUCCUUGGAAAAAAAGUCUCAAAACUUACAUAGAUGGACGGAAAAACGAUCUGAAAUCACUGCAAAAUGCCAAAUCGAGCGAGUCUUAUCCAAGAUGAACCGAACUGUAUAGAGUUUAUAAGUCCACACAAUUCGGUGCUCUCGACUCUAUAAGACCGUUUAUGUUCUGACAAGAUGUAUUUUCUUUGUCCUCCACCAACUGAAUGGUAGAAGAUUCAGCAAGGAAAACAUUUCGAGUUGUCGCAAAGUGUAAGCCACUGGCCCUCAAGUUCGUUAACAUCUUUGGAAGCUGGAUCGAGCAAAAAAGCGGAGAAGUAAGCCAGUAUGCUGAGAUGUUUCGUCAGGUGUCUUAUUUCAGGUAAAAAUUUUCCAGAAUAGAUUAGUUGCAAAGAUGUAGGGUCUCCAUCUUCAUCUAUCCCACCUGCGUCUCCAGCUGUAUCGGGGCAAAGCAAACAAACAAGGUAAAGUGGAGCCGCAGUGAUCAGUUCAUGGGGCUCAACGCCCGGUCGAGAGGUCUGGGUUUGAGCACUGAGUGGCGCAUGGUGCUGUGUUUGUGGCAACGGGCAACGGCACUUUACUUCAACAAUUCCUUUCUUGAUCCAUCACCUCUGUAGGUUAGAGCAGGGGAAAAUGCUUGACAGAAAAUAAUCAGACAAGAGAAAACUGCCAGCGAUAGAGAGCAAUUUGAAUGUUUCUUUUAAUAUUUGUGUGACCAUCAAAUUGAUUUUUAGGAACUCUGAUGUAAGAGAGAUUAAAGUCAUGAGGACGCAGGACUCAAGGUUCACAGACAUUGCACCGAAAGUUUAUCACACUGUCUGUGAUCCUUCUAAGGUAAAGGCAGUCUGUAUUAUUCCUUUUCUUUCUCGGAAAUCUCCCGGUCGUGACUUAAUCAAAGCGCUAUUUUAGCAGCCUGGCAAACUGUCAAACGUUAUCCGAAUUCCUCUUCAAAGAAAGUAGAGUUCAGUGCAGACAAAAAAAAAAAACACCUUCGUGUUGAUAGGGCUUUCUGAGGCGAAAUUGAACCCUUUUUGCUGCAAGAUGUUCACUCGAUUCUGUCUGUCUCACCUGCCUGCCUCUUUUGCUGCUUACGUACUCAUUCUUUUAUUGGUUAAUAGGAGGUUUUUGUAAUAGUUAUGGAGGAUCUUACUGGUCACGUGACACAUUUUAACACCAUCAAUAACGCGUCAGAGGUCUGGGAUCAAGAAGAUAUUAAGGCAAGUCUCACUGCUCUACGAAUCUUUUGUAAUUUGAUGGAAAGGAGAAAAGAAACUUAAAGUAACAAUGCCACUCAGUGCCACAAGAAGGUGGCACUGAUUUUCAGGUCGGGUCUUAGAGCGCGAAGGAGACAUUAUUCUUGUAAUUUCACUUUCGUGAUCAGCACGUAUGUGAGGUUCUCUUUUCCAAAUCCCCAUGUUUCUCACAGUGCCCGGUCUUCUCGAAGUUCUGCCUGUAUAGCGAAGACGAAGUGUUUAAAUCAAUCAAGUUCACUUGACACUUCAGCUUUUGUUUAGUAGCCGUAUUAACGGGAUUUUACUAAAUUAUCAUCAUCAUCUUCAUAGUUGCUGUCAUCAUUAUUAUUAUUAUUAUUUUGAUUACUUUUAUGACUGAUCAUUUUCAAAGGUGGUUCUGCGAGAUAUUGCUCGUUUCCAUAGCAUCCAUCUUGGCAACGUAACUAACCUAGAAUCUGAGCCCUGGAUGUGCUUUUACAGCGGAAGCGUUAUGAAGGCGCUCUCAGGUUUUUGGUACGCCCUUUUGCGUCACAACUGCGUGACAUUUCCUGAUCUGUGGACUACGAAAAGGUGACUAAGCCCUAACAUGCCUAAUAAUAUGUUCUCAAUUUUGUUGCCCAUGCCUAAAAUUUAACGCCUCGUUCUCAAGACGAAGGAAACUAAAGGUGAACUCUGUUAUUCUAGACAUCAAACUCACUCAAUCAAUAACUGCAAUGCUCGAGUAAGAAUUAAACUAAAGAACAAUGAGUCAUGGAAGAAUCAUUUCACACUCUUUGUCAUAAAAAGAAGUUAACUUAGCCCUUUACACCCUACCAUCAGUAUGCAAGUUCUCCGUACUAUCUUCUGUACAUUGCCUAUGAUGCUUAAAAGGAGAAUUUGUCCAACAAUCAAGGGCCUCUUUCGUUCGCAUUUGUUUCUUUAAUCUUAAUGUUUGAUUCAGGGGUGAUACUGUUGGGAAAAAUUAGAUGCUUAUCAUUGUUAGGAAUCAAAGGGUUAAACGCCGUGUUCUUUGAAAAAAAAAUGCGAAAGAAUUAAAAAGCAAAAUUCUCGCAACAAGCUUGAAUGAAACGCUUUAAAAAGGCUGUCACUCGGUAAGUGGCUCCUAAUGGAUGUAUUCUUUUCUCCUUACUGGUUGCAUGUGAUUCACGCAUUCCCUGGCAUUAAGCAACUUUAAACUAGAUUGAUUACUUGUCUUUUAAAUGGGUGGAUCAAAGAGUAUGGUCUGCUUUUAGAUUGAGUGUCGUGAAACCAAAACCAAAUCAAAAUAUCACAAAGAGCCGAUGAGAACUCAAAGUUGAAACCAGCAAAUUCCUUGGCACGUAAACGCAAGUUAUUAAGGGGCGACUGGUUUUAGUCUUGAAUCUGAUUGGUUGCGAAAGUUUCACGGAUUUUCUGGACCAAUCACGGAGCAUGGUAAAGCAAAACAAAAGAAAUCCCGGAUCACUUUUGUACUAACUGAAAAAUUGUUUUAAUAUUAUGAUGAAAAUUGUGUUUUUCUCUUAAUGUUAGGACGAAUCUUGUCAGAAGUUUUAUUGACAACAUGGACCGCUUAUGGAAAGUAAUCGAGUCAUUUCCAAGGACUUUAGUUCACUAUGAUUUUACUCCAAGAAAUGUGUGCCUCCGCAAGCAAGAAUUUCCAACGGAAGAUAACCACAACCGCUUUUUUAUCGCAAACAACAAAUUAUGUCGAGUGUCCUGUAUCUAUGACUGGGAAAUGGCGACAGUUCAUGCACCUCAGCAUGACGUGGUUGAGUUCCUUGCAUUUGUUCUUCCAGAGAGAGGUGAAAUAACAAGUCGUACAGACCUUGUUCGAUUUUAUCAAGAACAAUUGGAAAAGUCAAGCGGGAUGACUUUCAACUCGGAACAGUUCAUGAACGUUUUUAUUGCGGUGUGUUGUGUGUAUGCAUUGCAUCAACUCUCCUUGAAAACCAUCACUCACUCAGUUACGCGGUUACCGUACUUUGAGAGAGCAGUCCAAUCGCAUAUGGGAUUCCUAGAGGACCUAGAAGAAAGAGGCCGUCUUAAGUUCCUUUAUGAUAAUGAGCUCAUUUAAGGACAAUCGUUACCUAUAAUGACAUUGAAUAUCAUCAAGCAACCGUUUGCCUUUGAAUGACACGAUUGUUGAGGAAAUACGACUCUCCAGUUGUAAAUCGACAUAUCCGUUCCCGUUUGUUCCGCCAAAGGUUAAAACUCAAACGGCAAUGUUUCUUAAUUAUCCAAAACUCGAUAGCCAGCCUCUGUUCAAGUAAUUAACCGACGCUCCUCGAGGACGAAGACAUUAACUCGAGAGAGCGGCAGACAUUGAGCCAAAACUCUCUAUGGCGCUUCACUUUACUUGAAUCAGUUUCAUGUGGCACUUAUACCAUCAGAGAAAUCUAGUUAUGCAAAUUUGAAAGAGGAAAUGCUUUGUAGAGUGUCGCAAAACCAAUUAUUUGUCGGUGGACUGCAGCCUUAGAUAUUUGCUGUUAAGGAAAACUACUCUAACAUGAAUUAUUAACUAUCUUUACGGACUACCCAGUUAUCUCGUAUCUAAGGCUGGGAAAUGUCGAGAUGUCGACAUUGAUACCACUUUAGUUUGACGUGAUUCAGUUUCUUGUAGGCUUCUUGUAGGCGUCUUGCCAGCUGAAAUCAGCGAUCCGUCAGAAUUUGGUUCAGCCCCAUCAAAAUCAACUGGGAAAAGAAACUCAGAAAAUUUUUGAUGUCUCUGAGUGCAAGCUACUUUCCAUUCAUAAUGGUGGGAUAUAUAUUUUUGGGAGAUAGGGAGGAGGUGAUGCAUGAAUCAGUCUUGAGCUCGAAAUCCUCCCACCGUGCUGCUACGAUUAGUUGAUCAGAUCACAUGAUCAAAAAAGUUAAGAAAAUUAUUUAAUAAAAAAAACUUUUCAGUAACAAGUUAACUUUUCAGUUUCAAGUUAUUUUAACUCAGUAAUUGGGCAGGAUGUUCAUAUCUGUAGUACUAAAUAAAGUUAUGUAUGUAUGUACAAAAUAACAAUAAAUCAUGAUUACGGAG